AUGUCCAACAACAACAGCAGAGCAGUAAACAAACCCAACCAAUUUGAAGGGGACAAAGGAAAGAGCAAGGAAUUGCUGGACAACUUAUACCUGUACUUUGCCAGAAACACCAAGAAGAUCCAGACCAACAAAGAUGAGGUUCAAUGUGCCCUUUCAUAUAUCAAGGGACCUGCCCAGUUCUUCAUCCAUACAAUCAUCACUGAUGCAGAAGAACCCAUAUCUGAUUCUGACAAUGCGCCACCCAUAGGAUUGCCUAGUUGGGCAAACUUUAGAAAGUCCUUCAUCCAGACCUUUGGAGUAGAGGAUGACACUCAGGCAGCACUAAACAAAAUCACAAAGCUCAAGGAGUUGGAUACCUUUAUCAAAGAGAACCUGCGGAAAGGCUAUAUCCGUCUAUCAAAGUCCCCUAUGGCAUCCCCAUUCUUCUUUGACUACAGAAAACUCAAUGACGCUACCAUCAAGAAUGCCUACCCUAUUCCACAAGUAGAAGAUCUACUAGAUUGUGUUGCCUCUGCCAAGCCAACUAUGUUCACCAAACUUGAUCUAUGUGCAGGAUACAACAACGUGCGCAUCAAAGAAGGCGAUGAAUGGAAGGGAGCAUUUAUUACUCCACGGGGGUUAUUCGAACCAAUAGUUAUAUUCUUUGGAAUGACAAACUCUCCAGCAACCUUCCAAGCUAUGAUGGAUGGUAUAUUUGUAGAUCUGUUACUAGAAGGAUGGCUAGUAAUCUACAUUGAUGACAUCCUCAUCUAUUCUACCAAUCAUGCAGAACACCAACAAUGCACUCAGUUGGUUCUCCAGCAUUUGAAGAAAUCAGAUCUGUUCCUCAAACCUGAAAAAUGCUUCUUUGAUAUAUCAGAAGUCAAAUUUCUAGGGUUUAUUCUCCAACCAGGACAAAUAGGAAUGGCAGAAGACAAGGUAUCAGCAGUACUGAAUUGGCCAAAGAUAAAUAGCGUCAAAGCCCUACAACAGUUCCUAGGCUUCGCCAAUUUCUACCUCUGA